CGAGUACGCGCAUGCGCUCAAUGAACAAAAGGCUCUGGAGAUUCGGCAGCAGAUUAGAAACGACAAAAAAUUUGUGUACAGAGAUCUCAACAACAGCCCGUCAAUUUUGCUGCCUCUGUACAGAUAUAAAAGGAGUGAACAGAUAUUUCCCUUGUAACACCAGUAUAUCUGUUGUUGAUGAAGAAGUAUUUCAUUCUGGCUGGAAACGUGCUUUGUGUUUUCUGUUGCAACUCAUUGAAAUCCACUGGAACCAGGGUACUGAGAACACACCAGCAUUUGUUUACUAGAGAUAAGUUCUUCCGUUGCAUUGACUGUGCAAAGGGUUCACUACAUGUAGCAUCUGACUCCAUUAAUUUGUCAGAGAACUCACAGCAGGGAGGUAUCAUUCACCUCUCCGUGAGGCAAAGGAUUCUCUCACUCAGCCAACCUUCAGACACAAUACAGUGAGGUCAUUUACCUGCUCAGACUGUGGGAAGGGAUUAUCAGUCAUCUGACCUACCGCUACACCAAUCAGUUCACCCUGGGGAGAUGCCGUUCACCUGCUCGGACUGUGGGAAGGGAUUCACUCGGUCCUCCAGCCUGCAGAGACACCAGUCUGUUCACACUGGGGAAAGGCCAUUCACAUGUUCUGUGUGUGGAAAGGGAUUCACUCGUUCAUCCCACCUACAAGCACACCAGUCAAUUCACACAGGGGAGAAACCAUUCACCUGUUCUUACUGUGGUAAGGGUUUCAACGGAUCAACUGACCUACUGGCACAUCAGUCAGUUCACACUGGGGAGAAACCGUUCUCAUGCUCUGACUGUGGGAAGGGAUUCUCUCGGUCAUUCAGCCUCCAGAGACACCAGCGAGUUCACACUGGAGAGAGACCGUUCACGUGUUCAUUGUGUGGGAAGGGAUUUACUCGGUCAGGCAGCCUGCAAACACACCAGCGAUUUCACACUGGGGAGUGGCCGUUCACAUGCUCCGACUGUGGAAAGAGAUUCACUCGGUCAUCUGACCUGCUGGCACAUCAGUUAGUUCACACUGGGAAGACGCUGUUCUCCUGCUCAGACUGUGGGAAGGGAUUCACUCGGUCAUUCAGCCUACAGAGACACCAGUCAGUUCACACUGGGGAGAGGCCAUUCACAUGUUCCGUUUGUGGGAAGCGAUUCGCUCGGUCAUCCCACCUACAAACACACCAGUCAGUUCAUACUGGGGAGAAACUGUUUACCCGCUCAGACUGUGGGAAGGGUUUCACUGGAUCAACUGACAUACUGACACUUCAGCGAGUUCACACAGGGGAAACAGUUUAAGUAAGCUGCAUGCUGGAUAUGUAAACCGUCACAGUUGCUGAAACCUGCAGCAAGUUCAAAAGUGACUGUUGGUAUCAAACUCUGCAAUUAAUGCUGCUAUUCAUCACACCCUUUUCUGCACCCUGGUCACUGGACAUGGAAGGUAUUUCUUGUGAUAUUGUUCACCUUUAAUAGGACUGGUGAUUAAUAUUCUGGAUCUGUCACUAAUAAAUCAGUUCUGUUUUAAACUCUGUCUCAGUUACCUAGUGAAUCUAAACACACCCAGUGCACAGUAGGGAGUCAACAGCCCAGCUGGCCCUUGCCAGAAUUUCUGUUCCACAAGAGUCCUCAUAAGUUCAAUCCUGCCAUUCACCUCUGCCUCUCCCUGUGGAGAUGAGUUCUAAACAGUCACCAUUCUGUGGGUGAAGAGGUUUCCCUUCAAUUUCCUGCAUGACUUUCUGCAGUCUGAAGAGGACAAAUUGAUUGCAGUUAUUUAUAUCUGUCAUGUCCUUCAUCCCUGAAAUCUCUGGGCUGAUGAAGUCUGACACUGGCCGUUAGCCUCCUAUGCCCUGCUCAUUUCCACAUUAUGGGUCAUAUUUACUCCUGAAGAGCUGAACAGGGAAACAGAGCAGGGGGUGUGUAAGUGAAUGUCAGAGUAGCAACAUUUAGAAGCUGAUGUAGAAAAAAAUUAGGUUGACUUUGACUUGACACAUGAUGCCUGUUGACUUUGAGUACAUUGCUUGUAGGAGCUUGCUCUAUUAAAUUUCCUACUCAGUUCUGAUAAAAAUAAUAACUUGAUUGGUGGCAUUCAGCAGAAAGGAGGCAAUGCUUGUAAGCACUCUCUAUUGCACUGUUCUUACCCAGAAAUCUCUGAGCUUCAGAAUGUACUAUCAUUGCGAAUCAAGCACAGAGGUGCUGAGUGUCCGUUGGAUCUGACUGUUUAAUUGUCAUUUUCUUUGUAGUUGAACAAUUACUUAUCUGCUUGCAUUUUAAGUAGACUAUAUGCAUUACAGUUUAAUAUGCCUGUAGUAGAUGUAUAAAGUAGACCUCUGGAAGUUUCUUUGUACUUUAUUAAAUGAGUGUUUCCUCAUUGGUUAAUACUUACUGCAGUAAUGACUAAGUAUUUUCUAAAUGGAUUAUUUUGAAUGGGAUUUUUCUACCUUUAUGCUGGAUGGCAUCAUUAAUGUCUGUCUGCUUCAAAUAGUAGACCCUUGUCACCAUUCAGUUCCUGUUCGAUCAAAUUUUGUAUGUUGAUGAAUCUAAUUAAACUGGCAAGGUACAAGGAAGCGGAAUUUAAGCAGUGGCUAGGGAAUGUUCUUUACAGUAUGUUCUUUACAUGUAUGUUACAGAACCCACCCAGAAAAGAUUACUACUGUGUAAUGAGGUCAGAAUAAUAAGAAAGAUUGUGGUGAAGGAUCCCCGAGGAAGAAGUGAUCACAACAUCAGAGGAUUCCAGACACAAUGUGAGAACAAAUACCUGCGUCCAAACCAAUGUCCUCAACCUGAGUAAGGGCAGUUACCUGGGUGUGAGGGUGGAGUUGUCUGGCAUGGAUUGGGCAAAUAGGCUCAGGGACAGAUCAGUGGAUGAGCAGUGGCAGGUGUUUAAUCUGCUGGCUUAGCAGAUGCUGAUCCAAAUUAGACAGAGGGAUCCAGAUGAAAGAUGGUCAGCCAAAAUCAUCAAGGUAAAUACAGAAUCAAAGAGCAUAUGAAGAGGCAAGGAUUGUUAUUGGGACAAAGUACAGAGAAUAUGUCAGGAAGCAGUGAAAAGAGACAAAAAAUAAAACUAACAAGGAACAGGCAAAUAUGUUAACUCAAUAAUUUAGUGUUCAUGGUAGGGACACAGCAAACUUGCCUUAGCUAUCUGAUGGGUGACAUUUCAACACCGUGCAAUAAUCAGUAACAAUCACCAUUAUGAGGGAAAAUCUAAAGGAAGCAUCACUAGGUCCAAAUGACCUACAGCCUAGGGUUUGGAGAGAAAGGGGAGACAUUCAUUUGUUUAUCAGAACUCACUCUGUUCCAGUGGAUAGAAACCUUCCAAUGUGACUCAGUUGAGAAAGAAGGGUUGAAAACAAAAAGCAGAUAACUGUACUCCUGUUAACUUCUCAUAUGCUGUUGGCAACAUGUUAGAAUCUGUGAUCUAUGAAGAAAUAACAAGUCAUUUAGAAAAGUUUUAAAUGUCUUAACUGAGUCGAUGGUUGAAAUGAUCGAAUCGACCAUCUGCAUUUCCCUGCAUUUGGUUCAUAUUUCUCGAAACCUUUUCUUUCUAUCUACUUGUCCAAAAACUUUUUAACAUUAUUAAUAUACCUCCCUCAACCACUUCCACUGACAGAUCAUUCCAUACAUUGACCACCCUCUGUAGAAAAAUUGCCCUUCAGGUUCCUAUGAAAUCUCUUAUCUUUUCAUCUUAAACCAAUGCUCUCCAAUUCUUGAUUCCCCAACCCUGGCCAAAAAAAAAACCCUGUUUCCUGACCCUAUGUAACCGCCUCAUAAUUGUAUAUACCUUUAUAAUAUCACCACACAUUCUCUGACACUCACAGAGAAACUGUCCAAACCUGCUGAAACUCCCCAUAAAUGAGUCACCCAAGACCCAGCAACAUCCUCGUAAACUUCCAAUUUCUUUCCAGCUUAAUGUCCUCCAGCAGCAUGAGAAAAACGAAACACCAUAUUCUAAAUAACAAACGAGAAAAUUUGCAGAUGCUGGAAAUCCAAGCAACACACACAAAAUGCUGGUGGAACUUGGUAGGCCAGUUCUGCAGAAGGGUCUCAGCCCAAAACAUCGACUACACUUUUCGAUAGAUGCUGCCUGGCCUGCUGAAUUUCUCAGCAUUUUGUGUGUGUUAGCAUAUUUGAAAUAUUAUAUUCUACCUGGGAAACAAGGACACUUAUGUCAGAAUGCUGUUUCUGGAUUUCAGUUCGGUAUUCAACGUUAUUGUUCCACAGACUGUGGUGAACAAACUCUUACUCUUCAGUCCAAAUAUACCACUGUGCAUCAGGGUGUUGGACUUCCUAACCAGACCUCAGGUUGUCAGGAUGCACAACCGUUCCUCCCUCGCCAUCAUCCCCAGCACAAACGCCCCUUCACCCUCAGGGUGGUCUUGUGAGCCCAUUGCUCUACAGUCUGCUCACAAAAGACUAUUCGCGUGUUUGGCCAUGCAAUCACAUUGUCAAGAUUGCCAAUGACAUCACCAACUAUGAUGAGACAGUCUACAGGGAAGAGGUGGAAGAGCUAAAGGCCCGCUACUAGGCAAAUAACUUCCUAAAUGUCAGAAAGACAGCAGAGACGGUUAUCGAAUUCAGAACUCACACCACUCACCCCUCUCUUUACAUUGGCAGCAGAAUAACAGAAACUGCGAGCAGUUUCAAACUCCUGGGAGUGCACAUCUCGCCCAAACUCUCAUGUCCAAGAACACAUUCUACACAGUCAGAAAAGCUCACCAACACCUCUACUUUCUGAGGAGCUGAAGAGAGCUGGACUAUGCACAUCAACACUUGCGACUUUCUAUAGAUGUGUAUUAGAGAGCAUCCUAACCUGCAUAAUACAUAAACUGCACUGCAGCAAACAGAAAGGCUCCACAAUGGGGAUUCAAACAUGCCUAACACAUCACUAGUACCAGUCUACCCAGCAUCAGGGACAUAGGUGCUGAAAAAGCUGUGCUGAAAGCUUCUUCCCGAAGUUUGAUCAACACAUCCACCACCAACCCACCCUUGCACACCCCCACCACUACUACUUUCUCAUUUCCUGUCAGUCACCUCAUGUACAGACACUCCUAUGCCUAGCGUCACCUUAUAGACAUACAAUAAGUGUAUAUAAACAAAUAAUAUAUUUGUUAUUUUUUAUUAUUAUUGCAUUUUUUGCUGCAUUGGAAACGGAGUAACAACUAUUUUGUUUUCCCUUACACUUGUGUAUUGGAAAUGACAUUAAACAAGCUUAA